GCGAUGCGUGUCUGCAUCGCGACCCUACGCCUUCUGCCUCUUGGGCUUUGGUCAGCCCGGCUCUUUGUAUCAGCUAGAUGCUUGCUUGUCGCCAUGGUAGCUCUGCUGCAUCAACGCACGCCGCCUUCACUGCCGCACGUCCUCUCUCACUCGCCGGCAAAGAGCCAAAGAAAUCUCUAGUGACCCGCUCCUUCCUUCUCCGUCUUCGCAACAGGAAAUCACGACACAGCCGUGCGGAGCAAUCACGCUAAG